AUGUCGGACUAUGACGUACGGUUUGCAAGAGGAUUUUCCUUGCAUGAGACAUUGGCAAUGCUUGAGGAAGAUGAGGUCAAUGCUGAUUCUAUUAUGUUGCUACCACCAAACAAUGCUUGUGGCAACAUCACGGAUGAAGAUUCUGGAGCUGAGGAUCAACUCGACAUAAAUAAUUUGCCAUCAAGUAUGAACGAAAGUCAGGUAGAAGUUAACAUUCAGGUAACAGAAGAAUGGAGUUCUGAAGAUGAACUACCACUAAGUGAUCUACAGUAUAAAGCUAAACACAACCCCGCGCAAAAAUCCAAAUUACAGGAUAAGAAAAAAAAGAUUUACCAAUUUAUGAGAGAGGAUUUGCUAGCUGAUGACUAUGUCUUUCCAGAAGAUAUAACUGUUGUGAAAAUUUGUUGUCUCCAACAGAACUUUUCGAAUAUUUUUUCGAUGAUGAAACCUGGACAAUUGGAUAUUCAAGUGUUUCCAGAAGAAGAAUGUAGGUACUGGAAAAAUUCAAGAGAUGCUCAUAUAUUGGUGAGUGAAGCUAUUUCUCGUGACAAUAUGCACCUAGACCAAAAUGAUAAAUUUAGCGAACUGCAUCCGUUUUUCAAUCGCCUCAAUAAUUUUUUUUUGGAAAAGGCUCCUCUGGAAGAAAACCGUAGUAUAGACGAAGCAAUGGUUCCUUAUAAUGGCCGACAUGGCUGUAAACAAUUUAAUCACAACAAGCCGAUUCGUUAUGGAUUCACGCUUUGGGUUGGAACUACACGUCUAGGAUAUACAAACUGGUUUGAACCAUAUCAAGGAGCUUCGACCUAUGUAAAUUUGGACUACAAAGACCUUGGAGUUGGUGCAUCGGUUGUUCUGAGUUAUGCUGAUAGAAUUAGAGAAAGAUGGCUGGAGCAUAAGUUUCAUUUUUUCUUCGAUAACUUCUUCUCGUCGCCUUCUUUAUUGGAAGCUCUUCUUGAAAAAGGAAUCGUUAGCACUGGAACGAUGCGCGAGAAUCGUUUACCCAUGUCUCCUUUGAAUUCCAGCGCCACUAUGAAGAAGGAAAACCGAGGAGUUUUUGACUAUACAAAAAUGAGUGAUCAGAACAUUAUAUUUGUUAAGUGGAACGAUAAUAAUAUAGUGACAUUUGGAUCUUGA